ACACGGGAGAGAGCCAGCUCCAGACCCUCGGGAAGUGACCUCUCAGCGACACAGCCCCAGAGAAGCGCCAGGCAGCUCUCUCCCGCGGACACCCUCUCCACCCUCUCGCAGCCGCAGCCGCAGCCACCCUGUGCUUCGCUGGGACACAGCAUGAGCACUGAAAGCAUGAUCCGGGACGUGGAGCUGGCGGAGGAGGCGCUCCCCAAGAAGGCAGGGGGCCCCCAGGGCUCCAGGCGGUGCUUGUGCCUCAGCCUCUUCUCCUUCCUCCUCGUGGCAGGAGCCACCACACUCUUCUGCCUGCUGCACUUGGGGGUGAUCGGCCCCCAGAGGGAAGAGCACCCUCAUUCUCCCCAGCAGUUCCAGAUGGGCAACCUCCCGCUGGCCAAGACCCUCGGGUUAUCUUCUCGAACCCCAGGUGACAAGCCUGUGGCCCAUGUUGUAGCAAACCAGCAAACUACGGGGCAGCUGCUGUGGCAGAACAAGGUGGCCAACGCACUCCUGGCCAAUGGUGUCAGCCUGGUAGACAACCAGCUGGUGGUGCCCCUGAACGGGCUGUACCUGGUCUACUCCCAGGUCCUCUUCAAGGGCCAAGGCUGCCCUCACAGCCCCCUGCUGCUCACUCACACCGUCAGCCGCUUUGCCGUCUCCUACAAGGACAAGAUCAACCUCCUCUCCGCCAUCAAGAGCCCCUGCCAGCGGGAGACCCCCGAGGGGGCUGAGGCGAUGCCCUGGUACGAGCCCAUCUACCUGGGCGGAGUCUUCCGGCUGGAGAAGGGCGACCGGCUCAGCGCCGAGAUCAACCUGCCGGACUAUCUCGAUUUUGCGGAGUCUGGGCAGGUCUACUUUGGGAUCGUUGCCCUUUGAGGGAGCAGGAUGUCCGUUCUCGUCCGCCUCAGUCCCUGUGCUACCCACUCCUCAGACCACUCCGUCCCCUCUGGGUUAGCAAGGGGAUUAGGGGCUCAGGGCUGGGCUCCACGCUUAAAACUUUAAACAACACUUAGAAACCUAGAACGCACUGUGGUGUGGCCUGGACAGCGGGGCACCGGCCACUCCCCAGCAUUCAAAACGCAGGUUUGGAUGCCUGAGUGCAGCCGGACUCCUGGGUGUGGGGGCCGGGGAAUCUUUCGUGCUGGCCAGACACUUCAGGACAUCCCGUGAGAAGAUCUUACCUCCCUUUCUGCAAAUGUUCCCGGAAGCUCCCUGAGCAGAGCGCCCAGAGGGCCAGCUCCUCUGUUUAUGUUUGCACUUGUGGUUAUUUAUUAUUUAUUUAUUAUUUAUUUAUUUGCUAAUAAAAGUAUUUAUUCGGGAGGUCAGGUGUCCAGGGAGACCCAGCGCAAGGGCUGCCUUGGCUCAGACAUGUUUUCCGUGAAAAUGGAGCUGAACGCUAGGCUCUUCCCACCUGGCCUCCUGGUCUCUGUGUCUCCCUUUGCUUAUGUUUUUAAAAAUAUUUAUCUGACCAAGGUGUCUAAAUAAUGUUGAUUUAGUGACUGACUGUCGCUACAUCGCUGAACCUCUGCUCCCCAGGGGAGCUGUGCCUGUAACCGCCCUACUGGUCAGUGGCGAGAAAUAAAGUGGCUUAGAAA